AUGAAAUUUUCAGUGACCCUCAGCAUUUCAGCUGGUGGCUUGACAUGUUUGACUAGCAAUCACUGCCGGUACCCGGAGUUCGCCCCCUUUAAAAAAGCAGAUGCAUGGCUAUCACAUACAUGGCCACUUAAACGAAGAAUGACUUCCACCCUUGAGACACGCCUUUUCAUUGACGGAGAAUUUCGGGAGCCCCGGGGAGAGAGGACUUGGAAACUUAAGAAUCCCGCAACCGAGGAGGAUAUAUGCGAAAUCAAGGAAGCGAGCAAGGCAGAUGUCGAAGAUGCAGUACGCACCGCUAAUAGGGCGUUCUCUUCGUGGUCCCUCCAAACUGCCGCGCGUACCAGAGGGGCCUUGUUGAUGAGCCUCGCAGAUUUAUUGGAGAAGGAACUGGACUCAAUGGCCGCCCUUGAAUGCCUUAAUGUUGGAAAGCCCUUCGAAUGUGCCAGAUCCGAUAUGCAUACGUGCGUUGCCAACCUCCGAUACUAUGGAGGUUGGGCCGACAAAAUUAGAGGCGGUGCGUACAUCCCGGUGCUCGACAACGAGAAAAUCUCUUGUCACACACGGAGGGAACCCGUGGGAGUAGUAGCUGCGAUAGUUCCUUGGAACUUUCCUUUGAUGCUCAUGGUGCUCAAGGCGGCGCCAGCAUUGGCAUGUGGCUGCACCGUCGUGGUAAAGAGCAGCGAAAAGUCACCUUUGACGGCGCUUGCAUUCUGCAAGCUAGUGCAGCGAGCGGGCCUGCCCCCAGGCGUUCUAAACGUUCUAAAUGGAUGGGGGGAUACUGUGGGCGCUGCUUUGAUUCGUAAUCCAAAUGUUGAUAAGGUUUCUUUCACUGGAUCUUCUCAUGUUGGUCGUUUGGUGGCUGAGGAGUGCGCGGCGACCGUAAAGAGAGUGACCCUCGAACUAGGGGGUAAAAGCCCCUUGGUGGUACUCAAUGAUGCAAAUAUUAAAAACGCUUGUGAAGCUACGUGGAAGGGCUUGUUCAAUAACUCUGGGCAAUGCUGUGUAGCAUGCAGUAGGGUGCUGGUGCAGUCUGGAGUGUAUGACGAAUUUGUAGAUAGCCUGAAGAAAUGUGUCUCGGAGAAGGCCAAACUGUGUUGCCCCAGAGAUCCCAGCUGCACUCAGGGUCCUAUAGUUGACGAAAAGCAACUGAAGAUGGUUAUGAAUUACAUUGAAGAAGGGAAGAAACAGGGUGCUAUCUGUGUGAUGGGAGGCAAAAGGAAAGAGGGAAAGGGAUUCUGGGUGCUGCCGACAAUUUUUACGGGGGUUACUGACGACAUGAAAAUAUGCAAAGAAGAAAUCUUCGGGCCGGUAGUUUGCGUCUCCAAGUUCGACACCAUUGAGGAGGCAGUUGAAAGAGCCAAUAAUACACUCUACGGCUUAGGAGCCGGCGUCUUCACCUCGAGCAUUCCACUAGCCAAUUACUUCGUCAGCAGGCUGCAGGCCGGUACGAUAUGGGUUAAUACAUAUCUGAGUGGCGAUGUUGGCAUUCCUUUUGGCGGAUACAAGGCGUCUGGUUAUGGCCGGGAAGGAGGAGAGGAGGGUCUCAUCCCAUACUUGGAAAUCAAGACCGUGGUGAUGAACAUUGAGCUAUGA